UGCUUUACGCCCAAACAGGCUUGACUGUAACUUUUCUAUGGUCGAAGCAUGUUUGGAUCUUCAGUGGACUUUUCAUUUAAGGAGAUUAACACAAUUUCAGAUGUGCUUUCUGAUGUACCAAAUUCACCCGCUCAUCCACCAAAGCGUGACUCUGAGAAAAAGUUCAUCAGCAUCUCAUUCAGACUCAACAACAACUCUAUCAAGGACCUUACAGGACUGAUGGACACGCUUUCAGCUCUUUUCUCUGAGCCGACUCGUCUGGCCUGGCUCGACCUUUCCUUCAAUGAGAUUAAACACAUCGAAUCAGUUCUCACUCAACUCAAAGAAUUACGCUUAUUGUAUCUGCAUGGAAACAAUAUUCAGGAGCUGUCGGAGGUGGAUAAACUUGCAGUGUUGCCGUCGCUCCACACCAUCACUCUUCACGGCAAUCCCAUAGUGAGCGAGCAAGAUUACAGGGCUCAUUUGAUCGCUACACUUCCUCAUGUGAAGACGAUUGAUUUUAGCGCCGUCACCAAACAGGAACGAGUGCUGAGUUCAGUGUGGCAGAAGAGCAGAAACACACACAAAUCCACAGGUUACAGCAAAUCAGACUGAAUCACACUCUCCACCAACACCAUACACUGAAAACAUGAUUCAUUCCAUUUAUAAUAACAUGUUUUUAAGGUAAGUGGUUGCAAACUAUUCAUAUGGGCUGAAUUUAAACAAACCGAUUAGGUUGAACGUUACUACAUUUAAUUAGUGUGCUUAAAUUCAGCCCAUAUCAAUUGUUUGCAAACACGUACCUUAAAAAAAUGUAGCAAAUCGAACAAAUGUUUUUUGUGUGUAAUAUGACAUACAGUAGAUAAGGAGUCAAAUAAACAUUCAUUUCAA